AUGGCUGGAAAUACCUCAAUCAUAUAUAAGUUUGUGUGGCAGUGGAAUGGUAGUGAAACCCCUUGGGAGAAGGAUGAAGCGGAAUGGCGACGUUACUCUGAUAUGGAAAAUGAUAUCAUUGAAGAUGCUUAUUUGAAUGGCAACGACCAAGCAGUGUUACAUAAGCACUACGUCGAUUUUGAACAAAGUUUACAAAUUAGCAAAAAUGAUGCAUUUCGACAAAGACAAGUAAGAAGAAUCAAAGUUGAUAGUAAUGGAGAGUAUCUCAGAGAAGAUAGAUUUUGCAUUUGUGAACAGCCGCUGAAACCUUUUGGUAAAGCUAAAAAUGCUAUGUCUGAUUUUGUUUGGGCAUGGUUAGAGGACAACAGACAUAUUGCGCCGAAACAUGGAAACCCGGAUUAUAUAGAAAUAAUAAAGCAAGCUGGUCAGGGUAUUGUUAACGAGGCAAAAUUGUUAACACUAGAUUUUGAAGGUGAAACUAUUGCGAAUAAGCUGAUAGAAUUACAAGAUCAAAGGAUAGGUCAAAUUCAAAUCGGCUGUUUUCGUCUUUAUACGGCUGAAUCAUUUCUCUACAAGUUAAUUAAUAAGACGUUGCGAGAAGACGAUAGAAGCAAAACAGAAACUCUGGGCGCGUUUUGCUAUUUGCUAGCUGAAUCUUAUUUGUUUAAGAACCUUUAUGACGGCCUAUUAUAUCGUGGGGUUACGCUUACCGAAGAAAUGAUUAAUGACUAUCAAAAUUCAACUGGUGAAUGGCGAAGAUGGUUAGCGUUUUCAUCAACAAGCAAAUGUCGGGAAAAAGCGCAACACUUCGGAAAUACAUUAUUUAUUCUCAAAUUAAAACCAAAUGCAGUAUAUCACGACAUAUCGUCAAUUUCGUAUUACCCAAACGAAGAAGAAGUGUUACUGCCUGCUGCAACCGAUUUUGUUGUUGAUAAAGUUGAAUGCGACAAAGACGGAAAAUAUCUAAUCUAUAUUAGUAUUUUUUCGUAA